AUGCCGUGCUCCUGGUCUGAGUGGAGGAGGUGGAUCCGCCCGCUGGUCCUGGUUCUGUACGCUCUGCUGCUGCUGGCCGUGCUGCCGCUCUGCGUCUGGGAGCUGCAGAAGGACAAGGUCGGGACUCACAGCAAAGCCUGGUUCAUCGCAGGUGUGUUUGUCUUCCUCACCAUCCCCAUCUCUCUGUGGGGGAUCCUGCAGCACAUCGUGCACUACACCCAGCCGGAGCUGCAGAGACCCAUCAUCAGAAUACUAUGGAUGGUGCCGAUCUACAGUUUGGACAGCCUUCAUCCCCCCCCCCAGUGGCUGGCCCUGCGGUACCCCGGACUGGCGAUCUACGUGGACACCUGCAGAGAGUGCUACGAGGCCUACGUCAUCUACAACUUCCUGGUGUUCCUACUCAGCUUCCUCAGUAACCAGUACCCCAGUCUGGUUCUGAUGCUGGAGGUCCAGCAGCAGCAGCCCCACCUGCCCCCCCUCUGCUGCUGCCCCCCCUGGCCCAUGGGAGAGGUGCUGCUGUUCAGGUGCAAACUGGGAGUCCUCCAGUACACUGUGGUCAGGCCCGUAACCACGGUGAUAGCACUUUACACAUUCGCCAUGUACUGCCUGCUGCUGCUGUACCGAGCCCUGAGGGAGGAGCUGACCCCCAUCCGGCCGGCGGGGAAGUUCCUCUGCGUCAAACUGGUGGUGUUCGUCUCCUUCUGGCAGGCAGUGUUGAUAGCGUUCCUGGUGAAGGUGGGCGUGAUCUCACCUGAACACACCUGGGACUGGGACAGCGUGGAGGACGUGGCUACAGGACUGCAGAUUGUUGUGUUGGUGCAGGACUUCAUCAUCUGCAUAGAGAUGUUCCUGGCUGCCAUCGCUCACCACUACACCUUCACCUACAAACCCUACGUCCAGGAGGCGGAGGAGGGCUCGUGUUUCGACAGCUUUCUGGCAAUGUGGGAUUUGUCCGACAUCAGAGCGGACGUCACAGAGCAGGUCCGCCACGCUGGCCGUACGUUCCUCGGUCGUCCCAACAAGAUGUACUUCGGCUCGGCGGUUCCUCCGGAGAACACGGAGCACACCGGCCUCCUCACCCCCUCCUCCCCUGUCACCGCAGCCCCUGCCUCCCUGCCUCCCUCCCCCCCCUCCUCCUCCUGCAGCGGGAGGUACCAGGGCCUCGGUCACACCCCCACCCCCCCACUCCCUCUCCGCCCCCGCAGGCUUCACCUCCUCCUGGGACGAGGACAGCGACGGGGGCCAGUGAGUCCUCUGAUACCUGUAUGAACUGGUCAGAUUUUAUCAAAGGAAGACGGAGAAGAGAGUCCAUACCGCGGAGAAUCAGGGCGAGGAAAUAUUAUGGGAUGUGAUCAAAAGCAAAAAAAGAAAUCUGAAUUUUGAGAUGAAAGUCAGAAAAGAAAUGUAAAACUUUCAAAACAUUUUUGGUUUUUUUGGAAAAAGUGAUUUCUUUCAUUUGCCUUUUUGGAGAUUUCUUUCUUCCUGAAAAAUGAACUGUUUUAGAUUUCAGAUUAACGUCAAAAUUCUUCGACAUUUUCCUGAAAAGAAACAUAUUAGCAUUAUUCUGAAAACAUGGAUUUUUUAAAGUUCAUUCAGAAUUUUCAGAUUUGAUUUGUUUAUUAAUCUUUGCCCCCUAAAAAUGACUUUUGGUAACAUCCCAGUUCUCUUUGUCAUGUGACCCUAAUCCUCUCCCGUAAAUCCACGCUCUGUGAUGUCAUGUUUGAAAUGCUGGAGACGUGUAUUUUGGUAUCUCGGUGUCUGCUGAUGUUUUGUAUCUGAGGGGAGAACGUGUUCUCAUCAGGAGGUUCUCCGUGCUGACGUGUGCUUGACGGUUUGUUCUGAAUGAUAAUAAAUGAGCCACCGCAGGACUGAA